GGGAUCCCUCCUCCCCUCUCGGUGGCAUUGAUCCUGGCACCGCAGGACUGUCACACACUGGGGGAGGGGGGACUAAUAGUAUUACAAUGCCUCACUCCCCAUUGUAACUGAAGUCUGUGAUGUGAGAGGGCUGUAAGGCUGAAUUUGCCCCCUCCUGUGACUCUCACCCCCUCCCCUCCCCAUCGCCUCCCCCCUUUGUGCAAAAUCAGACGAGAUACACAUUCACUGUGAAAGAGAGAAAGCAGCCGGGACCUCAGCUGGUAUCUUCCGUUACCAAUAUUGUAUAUACACAUUGUGUAUAGCGGCAUAAGCACAUCCUGUAGACCAGGCUCCGCGUACCUGUGCUGUCACCUCUACACCUGAGACCAGGAAUACUCGCCUACCUGUAACCAAAGACUUGGGGCAUCGCUACUUUUCUCUCUGGAUGUUUGGUUCUGCUAUUGCCAUCUUGAGAUGGUGAUAGCCUAGGAGGGCAACCAACAGUAAUGCUUUGUAUGGGGAAACUACAGCAGGAGAAUACCUGUGAAGACCACCUCAAGGGAUGGCCAUAGAUUGAUAAAUAGGAUUAAUGGAAUCCCUCAAAAUGAAGCAGUGUUUUUAUAAUGAAAGCAUUGGAUUCUUCUACAACAAGAGUGGAAAAGAUUUAACGACUGAAUGGAGACCAAAAGACAUUCUAGUAGUCGUCCUGGGACUUACCGUGUGUGUCUUUGUGCUUCUGACCAACAUAUUGGUCAUCACAGCAAUAAUUAUAAACAAACGGUUCCACUAUCCUAUCUACUAUCUUCUGGGGAAUCUGGCAGCUGCAGACCUUUUUGCUGGAGUGGCUUACACUUAUCUCAUGUUCCAUACUGGGCCACGGACUGCUAGCCUGACUGUGAAAACGUGGCUCCUACGACAAAGCUUACUAGACACCAGUCUCACAGCUUCUGUGGCCAACCUACUGGCAAUAGCGGUGGAGCGGCAUCAGACUAUCUUUACCAUGCAGCUCCACAGCAAGAUGACCAACCAACGUGUCUGUAUUCUCAUUGCCUGUAUUUGGCUUACAGCUUUGUUACUGGGUCUCAUUCCAUCUUUCGGCUGGCACUGCAUUUGCAGCAUUGAAACUUGCUCCCGAAUGGCCCCACUGUAUAGCCGGAGUUAUCUUAUCUUCUGGGCGGUAUCCAACUUGGUGGCCUUUUUGAUUAUGAUGAUGGUUUAUCUGCAUAUCUUUGUGUAUGUCAAGAGGAGGAUGGUAAGGAUGUCCAAGCACACGUCUUUCCAUCCCAAGUACCGGGAGACCAUGAUAAAUUUGAUGAAGACCGUGUUCAUCAUCUUGAGUGCCUUUGUCAUCUGCUGGACUCCCGGCCAAGUUGUUCUUCUUCUAGAUGGCUUAGGGUGCAAGUCCUGCAAUGUGUUGGCUGUUGAAAAGUACUUUCUCCUGCUGGCUGAGUUCAACUCUAUCAUCAACCCCAUUGUGUACUCAUACAGGGACAACGAGAUGAGAGCAACCUUCAAGCAGAUCCUCUGCUUCUGCUGCAACCGGAAAUCUAAAUACUCAACUUCCCUCAAGUCAACAAACACAGAGAGGAGAAUAUUGUCCGACAAUGGACACCUCGUCAGGGACUCUACACUUUAGACCUCUUUACAAGGUGCUAGCUCUCAACUGACACUUUUGGAUGCCAAAGACUGAACCCAAUGGGAAAUUUUCCACUGUGGUGCUACGGAUACCGUGAAUAGUAACACGAGUGAGCUGACAUCCCAUACUGGAGAACUUGACAUUAAACACAGUCACAUAGCAUCAUCAAACUAAAUAAAUAAGAUGGAAAUAUCUUGGGAAUUGAGUUACUGACAUUGUAAAGCAUCUCAUGUCUCUAGACGUUGCCCACAGUUUUUGUUCCAUGCUGGGUAUAGGUCUAUCCAAAUUUUGAAACCAAAUGACACAAUUUCUAACCUCAGCUUCUGAGCACAUUGUAUCAAAUACUACAAAAUAAAUGGUGUCCAAUGAGAUUACAGUCAGGUUAAUAUAUGAACAACAAAUAAGUAAAUGUUGGCGUUGUUUACAGAACAAUGAGAUGAGGUCUGCAAGUUACGAUAUAGAAAGUCUUGAGAAAAGAGGAGUUCAACGGGAGAAAUGUAUGGGGUGAUUAUGUUGUUUUAGCCAAAGGUUAUUUUUUUUGUUGCAUGAGGCGUUAAAUGGGACAUCAGCUGGAGAUGUAUUCCUGAGAAGGACAUGGAACCGUUGUUUGUAGAAGCAAGAGUGACUUGGAACAGACGUGGCACAGUUUGUUUAACUUUUUCAUUAAACCCAGGUCUCAUGUUGCAUUACUGAAUGUUUGCCAUAAAAUCUGACCCAUAAACAGAAGCUAUUAGACAUGUGUUGGCUUCUCUGUUACAAAGUGAGUAUAAUGGAUUUGGAGAAAGCAGACAUUUUAAGACAACUAAUGCUCAAUUAACCUGGAACAAAGUUGCAUAUGCAUUUGAAGCACCUUUUUAUUUGCUUUAGUUGCCUACAGUGAAAUGGGUAACAUUUUCUGGUCAUACUGUCUCUGAUAAUCAACUGACUUAAGAAAACAUAUCCCCAAAAAAGACAACAAUUUUAUGAUUAAUAUCAGAAAUGCCAAUUAAUCAGUAAUAGAGUUUUAGCUGCAUAUAUUUGCCAAUUUAUUCAGUGAGCCGCUGCCAAACAAUGAGAGCAUCAGUAUGGGUGCACCCCCACCUCCCCCCCUAACAAUUCUGCAAUAAGAAAUUAAUGUCAUGUAUUACCUAUUUGUGAUGGGCUGGGCAAUAGCCUACUGAGCUUUGCCUGCAAUUUGAUACAUUUGAAUAGGAGUCCCAAUAUUGCACGGCCUGAUUAGGGGGGACACCUUGUAAGUGGCAACUAGAUGGGCCAAGUGGUUUUUAUCUGCCGUCAAAUUCUAUGUUUCUAGUUAUGUUUAAUGGCUUACAUAUUUGCAAAUAUAGGCAACUAAAACCUCUGCGUAUGUUAUUAUUUUUAACAGGAGAUUUUAAAUGGCAUAUUUUCUGCUGAUUGGAAGAUGAGGGCAAAAUGAUAAUUUUUAUGUGAUGGUGAAUUGCCCCUUCCCAAUGAUGGACAACUUUUUUCUUUUUGUAUAAAACAAACUAUUUUGUAUAAAAAAAAAUGGUACACAUAAAUAUUAUCAUCGACCUUUAUAUAAAUUGCGAAUUCUACAAAA